AUGGCGUCGUCUUUACUUGCACUCCUCACACAACACACUCCGGAUCUUCAAACACGAAAAGCUCUCAUAGUAUUGGGACUCCAAAACGACUUCCUCUCGCCAGAGGGCAAGUUGCCAGUCGAUCUAGACUCCGGGUUUCUCGAGCGAAUCAAGUCGCUGGUGCCUUCGUUCCGUGAAUACGGCGACAUUUUCUGGGUGCGCUCGAUAGCCUCACCAGGCAAGGAUGCAGAUGGUUACCGUGGUGAUAAUUCCGAUACUGUCAUCACGGGCUUCUCCACCGUCCAUGAUGGCACCGGGACUAUCAAGAGUGGGGCCAAGCGUGGUGUUGUCGACGACUACACGAGCGUAGUGAAACGCAUCAAAGCUGGUCCAGAUGAACUCGACCCAGAAAUAUUUCUAUCUGCUACUGCGACUAGAGAGGCGUGUUGCAUAUGCGACACCUGGGGAGCUGAUCAUCCUGCCGAUGUCAAAUUGCUCAUGGAGAAGAAGGACGUUCACGUGGUCAAGAAGUCCUACUCCGCUUUCGCUUCAACGUCUCUGCUCACGACAUUGAGGAUGCGUCUGAUCACAGAACUGUACAUCUGCGGCUGUAUGACCAACUUAUCCGUGUACGCGACUGCUAUGGAUGCCGCGACUCAUGGCAUUCAAAUCACUCUGGUCGAAGAUGCUCUAGGAUUUAGAGACAGAGUGAGGCAUAAUGAAGCGAUAAGACAACUCAGGGAUGUCAUGAGUGCAGACGUCAUGACCAAGGACAAGAUCAUAGAUCGCCUCUGCAAUGCGUUCACGUCCGAGGAGGAAGAAUAUGGACCCAGUGAGGACGAAGAAAACGCUGCCCAGGCUGGUGCAUUGUCUCGAGUAUCUCACGACAAGAUACCCUCAGUCACCAGCGUGUUCGAAGCAAACGACUCGUUGGCGGCAGAUAGUGAAGACGACGAGGGAGAAAUUGAGCUACCACAACAUCCGCAACCUGCAAGCGUUGGAGCAGCAGCUAGCGCGACCCACGACACUUUCGCUGCCGAUGUCGUUGACGGCCUACAUGCCGACGACUACACACGGGAGGAUUUGCCAGUCAUUUACGCAGACCAUUUCGAGCCCAAGAUCGAGCUCACAAGCGACCGUUGUGUGAAGGAGGAGCCCUUGGGUAGCCCGACUGAUGAGGAACAGCCUGAAGGUCUGCCAACAGGACACAGCUGUGAAUCGAACGCUCUAGAAGCUUCUAAUGCUGACGAUGGUUAUGACGCUGCCCCGGGUUGUGAGUCACAAGAAGUUGAACCCCGAAGGAAUCACCAGGAUACGGACUCGUCAGACGAACUUCCCCUUGCCAAUAGAAUUGCUGAAGGUGAAGAGGUCAGGAUAGAGUCACACACCGAUACAGUCGAACUUGGCCAGUCACAACAAAAUUUGGAAGACCGCCCAGGAUUGACCGGAUCCCGUGAUCCCUUGCAAGAAAGCAGGGCCGAUCAGCUAGAUGCAACGCCUCAGUCCGGUGAACAAGUGGCCAAGGCAAUGCCUAGCCGCAUCGACGUAGCUCAGAUUCAUAAUGCAGUCACCAAUCAUGACUCAUUUGCUUCCACCAAGAGCGUAGAGAGCAUCCUUCCAAGAGCAAGACUAUCGAACACCGAGACGAGCGAAGUUUCAGAAAUUGUAUGCCCUACUCCGGCACUCGAGGGAGUUGCACGAGAUGGUGUCAUAUCCACCCAGCAUGAAUCCAGGCCAUUGUUAGGAGACGAGAAAGAAGUUGAAAGCGCCGGCUCGCGGAUCUACUUCGCACUGCUCCCACCAGAGCUUUCCGAAACAAUCUUUGACAUUUUGCACAAAGAGGUGGAUUGGCAAACUAUGCACCAUCAGACUGGCCAAGUUCCACGAUUGGUAUGCUGUCAAGGCUCUCGUUCCGAGGAUGGCAGCUGGCCAGUCUACCGCCAUCCUUCGGACGAGACAAUGCCCUUACAGCCAUGGUCGGUGACAGUGAAAAUGGUCCAGGAUGCUGCCGAAAAGCUGGUCGGUCAUCCCCUGAACCAUGCGCUGAUACAGCUAUACCGUGGCGGCACGGAUUACAUCUCCGAACAUAGCGAUAAGACACUUGACAUUGCCAAGGGCAGCUACAUUGUCAAUGUUUCUUUUGGCGCCCAGCGAACCAUGCGAUUGCGCACCAAGCGAGCUGUACAGGACACUAUCAGCAAAGAUGCAGCGCCAGCGCAGCGUACUUCACAUCGCAUAAUCAUGCCGCAUAACUCGUGCAUCACCAUGUCUUUGGCAACCAAUGCGGAAUAUCUUCACGGUAUCAACGCCGAUAAGCGUCCGUCCGUCGAGCUGUGUGAUGCAGAGAAAGCGUACGAUGGCCAGCGUAUUAGUUUGACGUUUCGACACAUUGCUACGUUCUUGUCUGCUGACGAAAAGAAGAUCUGGGGCCAAGGAGCAACAGCGAAGCGUGAGGUGGAAGCGAGAGCUGUGAUCAACGCGGAUGUUGUGGAAAGUGGACGGCUUAUCAGAAGGUUCGGUGCUGAGAACCAGGCGAGCAGCAUUGAUUGGGAAGCUGUCUAUGGUGGGGGCAGCGACGUACUGCAUAUGAGGUGA